GUUGACUUAUCUCAUUCCAGUGUUUAUUAAUAGUUCUUGUACAUGCAUCCAGAUAGAUGUUGCUGAAUAGCGACACCACAUCAAGACUGGCGAUAAUAUGAUCGGCUGGUAUUGUCAAUCUGUUGAACUGACGAGAGACUUCAAAUGAGUCUUUGAUGUAGUAAUCAUUAUCUGAAUGUGCUGAUUUUAGUGUUGUCGAUAUUAAUGAAGACAAAGCCUGGGUGGCUGAACCUAUUGAUGCAACUAUAGGUCUUACUGAGAGUACAGCAGCUUCCGAAAACAACAAAGAAAAUAGUUCAACUAGCUGCAACACAGAUCUUGCACAUAAAAUGGAGGGGUCUUCUAUAACUUCAUAUUAUACACCAGCCGAAGAAACAUAUUCACCUGCUCCUAAAGGUGAUGAAGAUGAUAGUGUCAUCACAAUUAGCAGUGAUGAAGAUCAAGAUUAUACUGAAUACGUGGUUGCAAAAACUCCAGAUUAUAUAAAAAAAGAAGAUAGGAGCUGUAACUCAGAGGUCAUAAAUAUUUUGGAUGAUACUGCAGAUGAAAAAUUAGAUAAAUUGGUAGAUCUAUCCAGAUCCAAAAAACUAAAUGACAGUGGAAUGGUUGAAACUCAAUUUGAUCAAAAAGGAAUGCAAUGCUCCUAUAAAAGUGAAAGAAAUUCCAAUGACACUAGGUCAACUGUAGAGAGUAGUGAUGAAGAACAAGACCCUCCAGAUAUAUCCGUAGAAGAUGGUGUUAUUUAUAAAUAUAAUAUAUCAGAAAACAUGUCUCAAUCAGAAGAAAAAAUAGUGCCCCCAAGAGAAAAUUAUGUAAGUAAAAAAAUUGGUUUACAUGAGAAACACAGGCCAUUGGUAGAUCUAUCCAGAUCCAAAAAACUAAAUGACAGUGGAAUGGUUGAAACUCAAUUUGAUCAAAAAGGAAUGCAAUGCUCCUAUAAAAGUGAAAGAAAUUUCAAUGACACUAGGUCAACUGAAGAGAGUAGUGAUGAAGAACAAGACCCUCCAGAUAUAUCCGUAGAAGAUGGUGUUAUUUAUAAAUAUAAUACAUCAGAAAACAUGUCUCAAUCAGAAGAAAAUAUAGUGCCCCCAAGAGAAAAUUAUGUAAGUAAAAAAAUUGGUUUACAUGAGAAACACAGGCCAGUAUCAGAUCCUACAGGACAAAUAAGGAUUCUUUUAAAUGACAAAGAAUAUAGAUCUCCAUCAAUCCAAAAUAAUUGCUCAGAUGAUGAGAUGUCUGAAACAGAAGGUCUGGCAGAAAUAGAUGCUUCUCAUAUACAUCGUCAAAAUAAGAGCCUUACAUACAAUAUAUCUGGCUCAACAACCAAUUCUAAUAAUGAAGCAAUGAAUGAAAAUAGAAAUUUAGAUUGUGAUACUUAUAAGGCAUACAUAAGUUCUUAUAAAAGUAGCACUGAUACACCAAAUUAUGUACAUCUUGAUGUAAGUACAGAUACUAGUUCUAAUUUUGAUGCUAGUUGUUUCUAUGGAGAUGAACCUUGGGAUCCAGAGAUGGACUCUACAACUGAUGAGGGAGAAUGUGAAACCAGUCACGAACAGAAGCUAACAGAAGGACUCAAAAUACCAACACCAGUUAAAUCUACUGCAAGAGGAUCUCCUUUGACUCACAAAAUACCAACACCAGUUCAAUCUGCUACAGGAGUAUCUUCUUCAAGCCACAAAACAUUAGUAUCAGUUAAGCAGCCUACCCCAAUACUGUCUCCUGGAAGGUUUUUGAUCCAAAAUAGUGAAACCACACCUCAAAACAUGAAAAGUCCACAAAUAUUCAAACAUCCUGAGGCUGUGUCUGUCAAGAAAGCAAAAUCUGUUGACAAGUUCAAAGAUAUAAUCAGCCCUGUUAGAUUAUACAUACAGCAUAGCCCAGUGGCACAUCUUAAACAGAAUGUGGUGCCCCACCCUAGUAAAUCACAAGUGGUUUGUAUGAAGUCUUCAUCAUCUGUCAAUAAGAAGAUGGACAAAUUGGAUACCUGCAAAGAGUUACCUCCCGUCAUCUACAAGCCCGCAGAAAAGAAAAUAGUCACCAUGAAAUCUAAGCAGCUGUUCAUGCCACCCUCUCUGGGAAAGCAUGUAGUGGAUCCUCUUGUCAUUAAACACGAGAAAAAAUUGAAUGUCAAAGAAGUUAGUCGGCUAACUGAAAAGUUGGGUUUGGAUGAAUCGGAACUGGAAACAGACAAGAAUGAUGAGAGUGCCAACAUGUCUGUUUUGUGUAUUAAGAAGAAUUUUUAGGGAUCGAUCGAUUAAUUAAUAAUUAAUUAAUCUUACUUUGCCGAUAUACAGUGUCGGAAAAGUUCCGGAACCCCACGAUAAUUUGUGAGCUAAUAAUGGUAGAAAAGAGCAAAACCCGCGAUUAAUAGUUUCCCCCGUUUAUCCCAUGGAUUUGACCAUGACCUUCAAGGUCAUUUGAUGGUAAAGUCGAUUUUUUUUAAAUGAAACCCCCAUUUUUAACCCCCUAAGAGAACGGACGAUUUGCGAUCAAAUAUCGUCUUGAUCAUUCUUAAAUGUUGACCUUAUGGUCAACGUCAAACCCAGGUAUGUUGAUAUUACUUAAAAGCCAGUAGACUUAUAGGGAAACUACCGAAACAUUACUUUCAGAAUGUUUCUCCGGAUAUCAAAUGGAGACCUACAAGGUCAUUUGAAAAUCAGCUCUUGUUUAUUCAGACAGGAUACUUUUGACUGUGGAAGUGGAGAUGAUGAUAAUUCAGAAAACUGUGAAUUCCCCAGGUAAACUGGCUUGACUGUUCAUUCAGGGUUGUUUCCUGGCUACAAAAAUCAAUUUGACCUUCACAUGACCUUGAUGGUCAUUAUUGUUAAAGUCAGAUCCAAGAUCACCGUUGGAUAUCCGGGGAAAAACCAUUAAAAUAAUGUCUGGGUAGUUUUCCUAUACGACUACCGGUAAAAAUGUUGUAUCACCGUACCUGGGUUGACUUUGAUCAUGACCUCCUAAGAUCAAAAUUCAGAAUAUACCAUAUUUGAAGGUAAAAUUUUCCGCUCUUUCCAUUUACGGGGUCAAAAGUGGAGAGUUCCAUUUAAAAAAUCGACUUGACCUUCAAAUUACCUAGAAGGCAAGGUCAUACUGUUAUCAGUUUGUUGAGGUUCUAGAACUUUUCAGGCACCCUGUAUGGCCAGUCGAUAUUAUCAAGUUAAUAACGCUUAAUAUUGCUGAAGAAAAAACAACAAAAUACAUAGAAAGAUGCAUUUUAAUUGUAUUGAAAUAACCUCUUGUUUGUUGCGUGUAUAAUAAAACGAAACUUAAGUGCCAUUUUCAGUCUCCAUGGUCACCUGAAUCUUGGUGUACUUUGCUGUAUUCAGAAAGUCGAUACUUCAUAUUUGAUGCGUUCGCUAUUUCCUCCAAAAAAUCAGUUUUUUGAGUCCACAUGAAGGACAGUGAAUGAUCUCAGCUGACAUUUGCAAACGUACUGCCACGGUCUUUGACGGUUGCGUCAUCAAUGCAAUACGAAAUAAGUGAUCAAAUCCAUUAACUGAACCAUGUGCGGAGCUGAGGCGCCAUAGUAAAAUUACACACUGCUCAAACUAACUUAAUGUUAUCACUGUUUGCAGCAGAUUAUGCGUCUUUUUUGUCUUUUGAAAAUGAAAGCAGUCAAAGCCAGUGCAUGGUUAUUAUCAUUCAUUGUGCUUCAAAAUGUAACUAGUCAAGUAUACAGAUUGGCAACCUCAUUCAUAUUGAGAACUCUUUUGGAUGGAUAUACAUUAGUUAAGUCUCGUCGCUAUCCUGUAACUGGCAGAGUUGGAGCAUUUUUUUGUAGGAUCAUAGGUUUUUUUAUGUCUGAAUAUAUUUAUACUAAAUUGUUUUAUAUCUUUUUUUAAAUAAGAAUUCAUGACAAACUGCAAACA